CCCGGGCGCGGGAAGAGUUUGAAUACAGCUGGGCGGCCGCAGCGACCUCCUCAACCCUCACAAUCUUUACCAGCCUCAGCCGCCGCCUCCUCCUUUUACAUCCUUGACUCCCCGAGGUCUCCCGAAUCACGAGAGUGUAAGCGGAGAAGCUCAAGCCGCCGCCAUGUCCGAGGCUUAUUUCCGCGUGGAGUCAGGUGCGCUGGGGCCUGAGGAGAACUUUCUUUCCUUGGACGACAUCCUCAUGUCCCACGAGAAGCUCCCGGUGCGCACAGAGAUCCCCAUGCCGCGCCUCGGAGCCUUCUUCCUGGAUCGGAGCGGAGGGUCCGAGACAGACAACGCAAUCCCUCAGGGCUCAAAGCUUGAACUCCCCUUGUGGCUGGCAAAAGGACUUUUUGACAACAAGCGGCGGAUCCUUUCUGUGGAACUUCCCAAGAUCUACCAAGAGGGUUGGAGGACUGUGUUCAGUGCAGAUGCUAACGUGGUGGACCUCCACAAAAUGGGGCCACAUUUCUACGGGUUUGGCUCCCAACUCUUGCAUUUUGACAGCCCAGAGAAUGCAGACAUCUCCCAGUCUCUCCUGCAGACAUUUAUUGGGCGUUUCCGCCGCAUCAUGGACUCCUCCCAGAAUGCUUACAACGAAGACACUUCGGCACUGGUAGCCAGGCUGGAUGAGAUGGAGAGGGGCUUGUUUCAAACAGGGCAGAAAGGACUGAAUGACUUUCAAUGUUGGGAGAAGGGGCAGGCGUCUCAGAUCACAGCUUCCAACCUCGUUCAGAACUACAAGAAGAGAAAAUUCACUGACAUGGAAGACUGAAGGCUGGAAGAACACAGAAUUGCCUCUUGUAGACUUAUCCCUCUGUGUGUCCUUGAAGGGAACCUAGUUGACCUUGAAAAAGGGCCAGCAUCGUGUCCCAUCUCGUGGCUUAUUUCCUGCAGCAGUCUCGGGAGUGGUACCACCUGGUGGGGAAAGGACGUGCUGGAGGAUGUUCCUGGCCCUCUAAGUCUUCCAGGACUGUCCCAUCUGCUGACCCGCAGCCCAGGUCUGCUUCGCCCAGGAACCCACAGCUGAGGAGAAACCAAAAUCCUUCAUAAAUAAGGAUCAUUAAUACAUACAUGGCAAUAGAGUUGGAACUGGGAUUCCUCAUGCCUGGGAGGUUGGGCAGCCUUAGCUGUCCAGUUUCACUAGCUACAAAGGACGUGUACAAAUGAGCCUCCCUAACCUGUUCCCAGACUGUUCUCUUGAGCUUCAUUGCUUCAUCUUCCUUGUCACUGCACAAAGGACAGUACCCCCAGAAUGCUGGCCCUACGUAUAAAUAACUUCCUUCUUAUGGGAGUCACCCCAAUUUCCAUAAAGAGUCUCCAAGAAUAAGGAAGGAACAGGGAAAGGUGAUGAGUAGCAUGGCUUUUGCUAAAGAGAGGACAUUGCUUUCAUCUUCUGUAAUGAGGGCUAUAUGAAUUGGACUUCACAGAACUGUACAGUCAGCCUAGAAAGGAAAUGGUUAAACUGAGCUGGUUUUUGCCACUGCGAUCUCUCUUGAGCACCCGCACAGUUAUUCCAUUCCCCCUCUAGAAUAGCUGUCAGGGAGUCGUUUGGAAUUGCAAAAUAGUUAUUAAAGGGUGUUAAUCACCCCUUAUUGCAUCGAAAUCAGGACUUCAGGGAUGCUGGUUAUGAAGAGACCAGUUUGAGAAGCUUAAUGUGGCAGAUGUGAGUGGGCAGGAGACCUCGGUCAUGUUUUUUUUCUCCUCUGUAAAUUUUGCAAUAUUAUUACAUAGAAGAUUCCUGACCAGUUACUGAGAAUCUGUUUAAGCAACCACAAAACUUCCCCUGGAGAUCAAGGAGGGAACCUCAGGCAGGGGAGGAAACAGCAUUCCUGGGACCCACUGGACCUUUGGAAGGGCAGUCGUCUCCACACCAUUGCUCCCCUUGCAGCUUCCCACAACUUGUGAAAAUUGCCUUUGUCGUUGGAAACUGCAGCGGGAUUUGGGUCUCCAGAUUGUGCAGAUGUCUUGAUGCAAACUUAGAACGUCAGCGAUGUUUUUUAAGUGCCUGUUUUAAGAUGGAAUUGAUGUUUUUAUAAUUUGAUUUGGGUGCUAAAUAAAUGACCUGUUUUGCACACAAAUACACCUUGUACAUGUACCAUUGCUGUAUGUUGAAUACCACAGAUGAUCAGGCAGAGCUCUCAGGGAAUUUUGUCUUUGAUCAUAUUUGAUAAUAAUGCCCAA